UUGAUAAGUCUGCUGGGGGAAGUGCUCAGUUAGACAUUUAGUUUGUGAUAAGUCUGCCAAGGGAACUUGUAGCAAGACAUUUUGGUACCAGGAGCGGGGUUCGAGAAUAAGAUAAAAUGUUUAAGAGAAAGAAUAAUAGCAUUGUGGGGAAAGCUGUAAAUAUUGUAGAUAUCCCUGGUUGGGAUGAUACUUCAUGUAAAAUUAUUGCCACUGAGUGGUCUAAAGGUGCAGGAUUGUGUGAGGAUUGGGUGCAUCAAUUGAAAGAUGCUAGUCCAAUUAACGUAGUUACAUGUUUAGAGAAAGUACCCUUUGAAAAAGGACAGGACUUGUGUGCUUUAGGAAGACGGGGGUGGAUUUUGUUGUCUGCGUAUCGCAAGCAGCAAAGUGAUUGUUCAGAGUUAAAAGCACGUAUUUCUCAGCUUGAAAAAGAAAUAAUUGACUUACAGAGUCGGGUUACAGUUUUGCAGUGCCAAAAUAGAUUAUUAAUGGAUAAAGCUGACACGUAUCAGCAAGUUGCCGAAACGGCCGCUGUGCGAUGUGCAAAGUAUAAAUAUCGAAAGCGUAAAGGAAAAAUUAAUAUGAAGAAAGUAUCCAAACUAAUUGCUAAGGCAGGAGUUAAUUGGGAUCCAGAUGAGUGGGAUGGCAAUAUUUGGGAUACUAGUGAUGAAUCAGAGGAUGAUAGGGAAACCUUGUGUGAAAACCGACAACAGUACUCAAAUGAGUUUCAUGCUGUAGCCAAACCAAUUGAGCGGAGAAAAGCAGUAAAUGCGCCAGGUGGGGUUGUAAAUACUACCACCUUAGAAGAUUUUACACAGCAAGAAGUAACAGAUUUACAUGAUAGGUUUAAACAAAGCUCAUCAGAGCCCCUCAUAUCCUGGCUAGUGCGGUUAUAUGAGGGAGGGGCUGCUGGAGUUAAUUUGGAUAAUGGAGACUCACGUAAAUUCUGUUUAUUGUCUAAUGAGGCAACUGUGCAGGAUGAGUUUCGUAAUUUUCAGGAUGCAAAUAUGUCCUCGAUGUUAGCAUUGGCUGCUCGUGGUGCAUCCAGGCGUUAUCAGAUGGAGUCAGAUUGGCCAGCUAAUGAUAAAUUUUGGUAUACUUUGAGGGAUUGUGUACAGCGAAUAAAAGAGGAAGGUAUGAAAACUGCAGUAUUUGUUGGGCAAGCAGAUCAAGUACUGGAUACUCCCUUAACUGUACAAAUUAGAAACAAAAUGAUUAAGCUUGCUCCGCCAGCAUAUAAAAAUGUUAUUAUGACGCUGCUCGUUAAUGAGACAGGGCAGCCUUUACAGCAUGUUAUUGAGUCCAUUCGAGAGCUUGGAGAUCUAGGAGAUUGGGGUCCCACGGAUAAGUACAAGGACAGGGAUAAUAAAAAGGAUAACAAUCAGAAGGGAAAUUUUGGUGAUAGAUUCCCCAGAAGGGACAUGUUUAAUGCCCUAAUGAGAGAUGGAGUCCCAAUAGACGAGAUAGAUGGAAUAGAUACUUUGGAAAUGUGGAAAUUGUACAAAAAACGGGGCUUGCAUAAAAAUCAAAAUAAAAGUGUAGGAAAACAAGAUAAAGAGGAUGUUACGACCUCUACUGGAUUAAAAACAAAAGAGUUGAGUGAAGAGUCAAAAGCGAUAUAUCUCUGGGCUGAUCUGUCACAGGCUCAGCGAUUUAAAUCAGAUUAGGGAUCAGGUCAAGCUCCAGUAAUAGGGCGUAUACAGCAUGUAGAUGACCGCCCGUACGUUAAUUUAAAUAUAUAUUGGAAAAAUGGAAAUAUACAAAAAGUACAAGCCCUAGUUGAUACGGGAGCGGAGGCCACUAUAAUUGCUGGGAAUCCAAAAUAUUAUAAAGGGCAACAAGUCACUAUUACUGGAUUGGGGGGAAAACAGACCCUUUUUGUACAGGCUAUGGUUGAAUUAAAAAUUGGACAACUUCCUAAAAAGAAAUAUUCUGUGUUGAUUGUACCUAUUAAAGAACACAUAACAGGUAUAGAUAUAUUAAAAGGAAUGCAAUUAGAUUUGCCUGAUGGCCGAUAUCAGUUUGGUGUUCGUAAUUGUAAAUAUGUAAAUACUGUUAUAGUUGGUCGGGUUAAAAAUGCCUCCCGUGGAAUUACCUCCAGCUGUUAAGACUACGAGAAUGAAACAAUACUGAAUUCCGGGAGGGCAUAAAGAGAUAACUGAUACAAUACAAGAGUUAGUCAAAGCAGUCAGUAUGCAGAAUUAUAUGCUGUUUUUCAAACUUUAAAGCAAGAAAAUUUAGGAGAGUGUUAUCUAUACACAGACUCGUGUUCGGUAGCUAAUGGGUUAACUACCUUGUUGCCUACUUGGCAAAAACAUCAAUGGAAAGUUCACGCAAAAGAAAUCUGGGAUGAAAAAGCAAAAGUUGCUGAAGCAGAGACCCAGCCUAUUGAUGAUAUAGACCUUAAAGGUUUGGCUUCCUGGGCACAUCAGAAAAGUGGACACUUAGGAGAAAAAGCCACGUAUAGAUGGGCGCAAUCACGGGGAAUAGGUAUCCCAUAUGAUAUAAUUAGAACAGUGAUUUCAGAAUGUCCCAUAUGCCAACAUACACAGCAUAGACCAAUACCACAUACUAUGAAAGGACAGAUUGCAAGGGGUAAAUUACCUGGUCAAAUAUGGCAAAUAGAUUAGCAUGGCCCCUUACAGAGCAACGCCAGAUGCUGCAGGUUUAGAUUUGCAUGCUUAUGCAGCAAAUACAGUUGCUCCACAACAAGUUCAAAUUAUUGAAACAGGAAUAGGAAUUCAAAUUCCUCAGAAACAUUUUGGAUUAAUUUGUGCCAGAUCAGGAUUAACUAUUAAAGGUAUUCAAGUAUUAGGAGUUAUUGAUUCAGAUU